AUGGUAACGGAUUUAACAUCAACCACCUACAAGCUAGUCCUCCAAGUUCUAUUCCAACCCAAACCAACCAAGUACAGCCCUCCAUAUUCUAUUCCCACCCAAACUAAUAACAGUUCUCCAGAUUCUAUCCCCAUCCAAACCAAGUACAGUCCUCCAGAUUCUCUUCCCAUUCAAACCAAGUACAGCCCUCCAGAUUCUCUUCCCAUCCAAACCAAGUACAGUCCUCCAUAUUCUCUUCCCAUCCAAACCAAGUACUGUCCUCCAGAUUCUCUUCCUAUCCAAACCAAAUACAGUCCUUCAUUUUCCCCUCCGACCCAAACCAACCAAUUUCAGUCCUCCAGAUUCUCUUCCCACCAAACAAACCACCAACCAAGUACAGUCCUCCAUAUUCUAUUCCCACCCAUACCAACCAAGUACAGUCCUCCAUAUAUAUUCUAUUCCCACCCAAACAACCCACCAACCAAGUACAGUCCUCCAAAUUCUCUUCCCACCCCAACCAACCAAAUUCAGUCCUCCAGAUUCUCUUCCCACCCGAACAAACCACCAACCAAGUACAGUCCUUCAAAUUCUCUUCCCACCCCAACCAAGAACAGUCCUCCUAUUCUCUUCCCACCCAAACCAACCAAGUACAGGCCUCCAGAUUCUCUUUCCACCCAAACCAAAUUCAGUCCUCCAGAUUCUCUUCCCACACAAACCAACCAAGUACAGUCCUCCAAAUUCUCUUCCUCACAAACCAACCAAGUACAGUCCUCCAGAUUCUCUUCCCAUCCAAACCAAGUACAGUCCUCCAGAUUCUCUUCCCACCCAAACAAACCAACAACCAAGUACAGUCCUUCAAAUUCUCUUCCAACCCAAACCAAGCACAGUCCUCCAAAUUCUCUUCCUCACAAACCAACCAAGUACAGUCCUCCAGAUUCUCUUCCCACACAAACCAAGUACAGUCCUCCAUAUUCUCUUCCCAUCCAAACCAAGUACAGUCCUCCAGAUUCUCUUCCCAUCCAAACCAAGUACAGUCUUCCAGAUUCUCUUCCCACCCAAACAAACCACCAACCAAGUACAGUCCUCCAGAUUCUCUUUCCACCCAAACAAACCACCAACCAAAUUCAGUCCUCCAGAUUCUCUUCCCACCAAACAAACCACCAACCAAGUACAGUCCUCCAGAUUCUCUUCCCACCCCAACCAAGUACAGUCCUUCAGAUUCUCUUCCCAUCCAAACCGAGUACUNUCUUCCUCACAAACCAACCAAGUACAGUCCUUCAAAUUCUCUUUCCACCCAAACCAAGUACAGGCCUCCAGAUUCUAUUCCCAUUUAAACCAACCAAGUACAGUCCUUCAAAUUCUCUUCCAACCCAAACCAAGUACAGUCCUCCAAAUUCUCUUCCUCACAAACCAACCAAGUACAGUCCUCCAGAUUCUCUUCCCACACAAACCAAGUACAGUCCUCCAUAUUCUCUUCCCACCCAAACCAAACAAAUACAGUCCUCCAGAUUCUCUUCCCACACAAACCAACCAAGUACAGUCCUCCAAAUUCUCUUCUCUCACAAACAAACCCCUCCAAAUUCUCUUUCCUCACAAACAAAACAAGUACAGUUGUCCAGAUUCUUUUCCCACACAAAAAAACCAAGUUCAAUCCUCCAGAUUCUAUUCCCACACAAACCAACCAAGUACAGUCCUCCAAAUUCUCUUCUCUCACAAACAAACCCCUCCAAAUUAUCUUCCCUCACAAACAAACCAAGUACAGUCGUCCAGAUUCUUUUCCCACACAAACAAACCAAGUUCAAUCCUUCAGAUUCUAUUCCCAUUCAAACCAACCACCAACCAAGUACAGUCGUCCAUAUUCUUUCUCCACACAAACAAACCAAGUACAGUCCUCCAAAUUCUCUUCUCUCACAAACAAACCCCUCCAAAUUAUCUUCCCUCACAAACAAACCAAGUACAGUCGUCCAGAUUCUUUUCCCACACAAACAAACCAAGUUCAAUCCUUCAGAUUCUAUUCCCACCCAAACAAACCACCAACCAAGUACAGUCCUCCAAAUUCUCCUCCCACCCAAACCAAUCAAGUACAAUCUUCCACCCAAACGAACAUGGUGA